AUGUAUUGUGCCAUUAUUCCCAAGGACUAUGAGUUUAAGAAGGAAGAAAUAAUCUUGUUAUGGAGGGCACAAGGGUUUCUACAAGAAGCACGAGAUAAACAGUGCAUCCAUGAUUUGGGUCACAAGUAUUUCAACGAUCUAGUGUCAAGGUCCCUUUUGCAAGUGUGCGUCAACAAUAAUUCUCGAUUUGUUAUGCAUGAUCUCAUUAAUGAUUUGGCUCAAUCAGUGGCUGGAGAAGUAUGCUUUAAAAUAGAAGGUAGUCAACAAAUUUCGAAGCAUGCUCGCCAUUUAUCUUACAUUGCCGAGGAGUAUGACGGCACCAAAAAAUUUAAAGGCAUUUAUGAAGCGCAACAUUUACGAACCUUUCUUCCAUUAAGGUUGUCUUCGGUCUUUCCAACUUAUCACUUAACCAAUCAUGUCCUAACGAAUUUGUUGCCAGACUUGCGAUGCUUAAGGGCACUUUCUUUGGAAGGGUACCAAAUCACCAUCUUACCAGAGUUUGUGGGAGAUUUGAAACUCUUAAGGAUUACAGAAUAUAAUGAGCCUCGAGAUGCAUGGAUGGCUAGGUUAUCUGAUAAGUCGAGAAUUGGGAAUUUAAAAUUGCAGUGGAGCAAAGACUUUGUGAAUAGAAGAGAAGAAGUCGAGAAAAAGGUGUUGGAUGGACUUCAACCUUCUAAGAAGCUCAUGGAGCUCAGCAUUAAGUUCUAUUGUGGUGAAAUGUUGGCAAAUUGGGUGGGAGAUUCAUCCUUCAAUUGUUUACAAUCUUUAUGCCUUGAUGGUUGUAUAAAUUUAUUGUCAUUGCCAUCAAUUGGGAAAUUGCCAUUGUUGAAAAAGGUACGUAUUAAAGGAUUGCGCAGUGUAAGGACUGUGGGAGUUGAGUUCUUUGGAGAGAAUACGACCAACACAUUUUCUUCAUUGGAGAUUUUAGAGUUUGAGGACAUGCUUAAUUGGGAGAAGUGGAACUUGUGUGAAGUUGAUGAGGAAGCUAGGAAAUUCCCUAAACUUCUUGAACUCUUGAUUCAAAAUUGUCCCUUAUUGUUAGGGAGUAUGCCGGAAGACCUUCCUUCUCUGAAGAAACUUGCAAUUCGUAGCUGGAAGAAGUUGAUAAUUUCUGUUCAAAACUUUCCAUUGCUUUCAGAAUUAGUAAUUUGGGGUUGCCACGAGGUAAUUUAUAAAGGUUUUGCAGAUUAUAGCUCCACAAAAAGAAUAUCGUUUGGAGGGAUUUCCAAGUUUAGUUGUGCAGCAGAAUGCUUGAGGUUAAGAUCAAUCAAAGUAGAAUUGUUUGAGAUUGAUGAUUGUGAGGAGUUGUGGUCUUCUCGAAAGAAGAAUUGGGGAUUGCUAACUCAGUCCAUGUCCCCCCGAUAUUUGAGAAUUUCCAAUUGUCCGCAACUUGUAUCCAUAGGAACAGAAGAGGAAAGAGAAAAAUUGAUGCAAUUGAAGAUUCCUUCUAGCACUGUAAAAAUGAUUAUACAGUAUUGUGAAAGGCUAGAAAAACUAUCGACAACCUUGUACUUCCUCACAUUACUUAUGAAAUUAGAGCUUAUCGAUUGCCCAAAAUUGAUUUCUCUUGCAAGGAGCAAUUUGCCUUCGAAACUGAAAGUGCUAAGCAUUAGUUAUUGUAAAAAUUUGCAAUGUUUAUUGUUGGAUGAAGGAGAGGAUGCUGACUCCAACAAUGCAUGUGUUCUUCAGAAGUUGGAUAUUUUAUGCUGUGAAUCUCUAAAGAGAAUAAAUAGAAUUGAGUUGCCCUCCACACUAAAAACACUUGAAAUACACGAGUGUCCACAGCUAGAGUCCAUAUCCCAAGAAAUUCAAGAUAACUCUUCUCUUGAAUCUAUUGAAAUCUAUGGAUGUGAUAUGCUUAAGGGUUUACCUCAAGGAUUGAACAAGCUCAAGCAUUUUACUCUUAAUCUCAACACUCUAAAAGAACUAGAAAUUAGGGAUUGUCCAAAUGUGACAUCCAUUCUGAAAGAGGGGAUUCCUACCCAUCUCACAUCGCUUACAAUUGGUGGACCCAAUAUCUGGAAGGCAAUACUUGAGAGGGAUUUGCAUACACUCACUUGUCUUAAAUCUCUCUCCAUAUCAAAUGGGUGUUUAGAUGCAGUGUCAUUUCCUCAAGAUGAGAUAGGAGUCACUCUGCCCUCCUCUCUCAUCCAUCUCCGCUUCUCGGAUUUCCCAAAACUGGAGAGCCUAUCCUCCAAUGGCUUUCGCAACCUCAGUUCUCUCCAGUUUUUGACUAUAGAAAAAUGCCCAAAUCUCAAGACUCUUCCGAGAAACAACACACUUUCUUCGCUUUUGGCGCUAAAUAUCGUGGGGUGUCCAAUGAUGGAAGAACUGUGCAAAUGGGAUAAAGGACCUCAGUGGUCCAAAAUUUCCCACAUACCUUAUGUUGCUGUUUUGAAAUGA